CAUUUUUAAAAUUUAUAAUUAAGAACCAUUCUAAUAAGUAUGUAUUUUGAUGACUGAUAAUGAUGUACCUUUAUGUUAAUAGGGAUGAAUAAUUUUCAAUCAAAGUAUUUUACCUUUACCUAUACACAGGCCCAAAAUAAAGUCCGCUUUGCUGGAAAGGUUACAGCAGUGUCUAUAUAUUAUAUUAUACAGUAUUCUACGCGUCCGUAUUCGGGUAUAUUUUUCCUUCACUCGUGCUCAAGCCUAAGGGUCACUUAUCGCGAUGGUAGUCUGGGUGAGUGUGGGGGUAAGUUGCAGAGACGUAUAGGAUGCGGACGGCGAGGAGAAGGUGUUGCGCCGGCGGAAAGGGGAAAAAUGGACGAGGAAGAGGUAGCGCGGACGUGUUUUCCAUGACCUGCAGCAGCGGAGGUCUUCCUUUCCAGCGGUUACUUUCCGAAAUGAUACGGCUCCUCCCCGUCGCUCGGAUAGGACACGCCCCGCACGCCGGAAUCACGUACGGAAAUCCCUUUGCACCCCGCGUGUGUAUCAGCCGCGUCGAGUCGUGCUCCACUAUACAACGGUACACAUUUUACAAUCGUAUAGCGUACGUUCGCUCUCUAUCCCCGCUGACACACUGCUAUGAUGCCCACUAUUUGAUACCGGCUCUCUCGUUUGUUUACAUCGUCGCGCCACCUCCGCCACCGACGUCUGCACUGCGGAUGAUGCUCCGAACAAAAGCAGGUGCACGACACAACACGUACAUUAGCGUGCCAGUAUGGGCGUAUGCGUGUCAGUGACCAGUGUGCUCCGGGUUUGAAUGUGGAAAACGAGGCAGUGCGUAGGAAUCGAGAUGAAGACAGCUUUAGGCGUAGUCAAAUUAAAAAUGGAACCAAUUUAUGGAGACGAUCCAUCAGAACCGGCGACAGUGUCUACCGUAUGUGCUAAAUGUGAGUGCACAAUUGCAGAUAGGUAUAUUAUGCGUGUAUCCGGUCGAUCUUACCAUGAACGGUGUCUUAAGUGUACAACAUGUGCGCUGAAGCUAGAUCGGUCGUGUUUUGUUUGGAACUCAAAACUUUACUGCCGUCAGGAUUAUGACAAGUGCGUAUACCGUAGUUGUGGCAGUUGUGGUGAUCAUAUCGCUGCUGGUGAAUUGGUAAUGCGAGCAGGCGAGUGCGUUUUCCAUGAACAAUGUUUUGUGUGCGUAGUGUGCGGUAUACGUCUAUGCACUGGUGAUCAAUAUGUAAUAAAGCACUCUCAACUAUUUUGUCGUCCAGAUUAUGAGAAAGAGGUGAACAUGAUGAGAGACGAAAUCAACCGAAACACUGGAGAAUGGAGUUAUAACCACGAUGGUCGCCGUGGACCUAAGCGCCCCAGAACGAUUCUUACUACCCAACAACGACGUGCGUUUAAAGCAUCAUUUGAAUUAAGCCCAAAACCGUGUCGAAAAGUUAGAGAAGGGCUCGCACAUGAUACAGGCUUAAGUGUUCGCAUUGUCCAGGUUUGGUUUCAAAAUCAAAGAGCAAAAAUGAAAAAGAUUCAAAAAAAAGCAAAACUUAAUAGCAACAGUUUAGUUGCCUCGUCCAAUAAUAUUAAUGGAAAUAAUUGUAGUGGUGCUGAAAGUGGUAAUUCAUGUAGUUCGAGUGGACUUCUGCAAUCAGCUAUAAAAGACGAACAAUACAGUUCUGAUGGUUGUGAGGAUGGUGUACCCGGAAGGUUCGAAACGACUCAACAACAAGAAUCCCAUCGACAAUCUCAGCAACAAAUGCAUGAGCCUUUUCACAUACGACACCAAUCUCCUGCAGUUGUAAAACAAGAUUCCAUGCCAUCAUUUCUACAACAACAACCUUUUGGUAUAUUUGGUCAAGACUUGAAAAACCGCCAAGAACCAAAUUACUUAACAUCAGAUAUUAUGAUACCUAAACAUAUUUAUGGUGGUUUCGUAUCACAGGAGACUGUUAUACGUUGUGGCUCAAAUCCAAUCGAUCGAUUGUACUCAAUGCAAGCGUCAUAUUUUUGUAACAAUAUAUCUGAUGACGCAAGUUCAUUACAGUUAGAUGAACACCAAUAAUAAACAAUUAUAUAUUAUCUAUUAUUAUUAUUAUUAUUGUUAUUAUUUUGUUUAUCACAGUUGUUUUGUAUUUAUUUUAAAUGUGUUUAAGAACUAAGUUGACUUAUAAUCGUGUUAAUUUGGCAUUUAUGAUAUA